AUGACGCCAGUGAUGGUGGAGGUACUAAUGAUGAAGAAGGGUGAAGGUACCGCCCUGAUGGAGGUGGUGGAGAUGGUGAAGAAGGAGAAAAUUCUAGAGAAUCAAAAACCAAAUGGCCACCCUUUUUUCCUAAGGCAGAAUUCAGAGAGCACCUUAGAAGAGGGACCCCAAGGUCGCUGGGUGAAAGUUGGAAGAGCCCCUAACCUCAGAUUAUUUCUCUCCACCACCCUGUCUCCUCAGCUGCCCCCAGGGGUCAUAAUCGAGGCGUUUUGCCAGGAAGCGACCCUGGAGUCCCGGCCCCACCGCCGCCUGGUGGGCUCUGCCUUGGGCUGUGCACCGCGACGCAGACCCUCCCACCCUAACGAGGGCUCCAUCCACUGGAGGGAACCCAGAGCCACUGCAGUGCGACAGCCCUGCCGGGAACAGCUCGCAGGAGAAGAGCAGGCGGAACAAACUGCGAGGGCCUUGGCCACACAAACCAGGCCUACAGGUCGCCGCCAGGCUGGGAGCCGAUCCCCGCCGCCCCGGCGCCUCCCCUCCGCCGCGCGCUCCCCUCGCUGCGCCCUCCACCUACCGGUGCAGACCCUUUGGUCUCCCGCCCAUCUCCCCACGCGGUCCGCAGUCCCAGCCAGCCGCCGGGCGCUGGGCGGGCUGCACAAGCCCAGGGUCCGAGGAUACUGGAGUGUACCGACUACCGCGGCACCACGUGUCCGAACCGGGCUGGCGCGGGCGGAGCGGGCCGGGCCCGGCUCCCCCAGCCCGAUCGCAAACCCGCAGCGACCCACUCUCGACCUCGCCGAACCGCUCCAGCCUCCGGGGCGCACGUCCAUGCCUUCUGGUCAGCGAGAUGGACUCCAUCGGGGGGAGCCAAGCGGGCUUGACUUUGGCCGUGACCCCCGGGCGGGUGGUGACCGUGGAAACGAGCGGGAGGUCGGAUUGAGAAAGGGCGCUGUGACCCGGGCCAAAGCCCUCUCUCCUGCAGUUGCAGAGGAGCAGAAAGCACAGCAUCAUGAGAAGGAGAUUUCCCGAAGUCGGAUUCCUCGCUUGAUUCUUCGGCCUCAUCUCCCUCAGCAGCAGCACAAAGUAUCCCCAGCCUCCGAGUCUCCCUUCUCAGAGGAGGAGAGCAGAGAAUUCAAUCCCAGCAGCUCCGGGCGCUCAGCGAGGACCAUUAGCAGCAACAGCUUUUGCUCAGAUGACACAGGCUGUCCUAGUAGCCAGUCAGUGUCUCCUGUGAAGACGCCAUCAGACACUGGAAACAGUCCCAUUGGCUUUUGCCCUGGAAGUGAUGAAGACUUUACCAGAAAGAAAUGCACAAUUGCAAUGGUUGGUGAGGGAAACAGCCACAGCCAGUCAACUCGACAUAAGAAGGAAUCAAAGGCAGGCCUUGUAAAGCCAGGUAGUGAAGCCGAUUUUAGCUCCUCCAGCAGCACGGGCAGCAUUUCAGCCCCCGAGGUCCACAUGUCUACCACAGGAAGCAAGCGGUCCUCUUUUGCACGCAAUCGAGGUCCCCAUGGGCGGAGUAAUGGAGCUUCAUUGCAUAAAUCUGUCAACAGCCCACCGUCCCCUAGGGAAAAAGACCUUCUGUCCAUGCUGUGCAGGAAUCAGCUGAGCCCAGUUAACAUCCAUCCCAAUUAUGCACCUUCUUCCCCAAGUAGUAGCAACUCAGGUUCGUACAAAGGAAGUGACUGCAGCCCAGUGAUGAGGCGGUCUGGAAGGUACAUGUCUUGUGGAGAGAAUCAUGGUGUCAGACCCCCAAAUCCAGAACAGUACUUGACCCCUCUGCAGCAGAAGGAGGUCACAGUGAGACACCUGAAGACCAGGCUGAAGGAAUCAGAGCGCCGACUUCAUGAAAGGGAAACUGAGAUUGUAGAGCUCAAGUCCCAGCUGGCCCGGAUGAGGGAAGACUGGAUUGAAGAAGAGUGCCACAGGGUAGAGGCUCAGUUGGCUCUCAAAGAAGCCAGGAAGGAGAUCAAGCAGCUCAAACAGGUCAUUGAAACGAUGAGGAGCAACCUGGCUGAUAAAGAUAAAGGCAUUCAGAAAUACUUUGUGGACAUAAACAUCCAAAACAAGAAGCUUGAGUCCCUGCUUCAGAGCAUGGAGAUGGCACACAAUGGCUCCCUGAGGGAUGAACUGUGUCUAGACUUCCCAUGUGAUUCCCCCAGGAAAAGUUUGCCCCUGGCCACCAAUUUGGGCAAGGUGGCAGAUGGCCUAUCUCCAGAAGAGCAAAUCACGGAGGAAGGGGCUGACAGUGAGCUGCUGAUAGGUGAUAGCUUGGCUGAUGGCACAGAUUUGUUGGAUGAGGUGGUGAUUGCUGCCACCCAAGAAUCUGGUGACCUGGAGCCUGUUCACUCUACUCCAAAGGCAAAAGUCUUCGAGGCCCUCCCUCUGGUGGUGGGGCAGGAGGAAGAGGUCAGCAUGGUGAUGGAGCAAGCUGUGCAGACCGAUGUGGUACCCUUCAGCCCGGCUGUCUCUGAGCUCAUUCAGAGUGUGCUCAAGCUCCGGGACUCCUGUCCCUCGAGCUCAGCAUCGCCUGAUGAGUCUGGGGCUGACUCAACAGAGACCUUCCCAGAGUCCAUCUCUCCCUUAAUGCUUGAUUUAACUCCAAGAAGUCCGAACUCAGCCAUUCUUCUGUCUCCCAUGGAGACUCUACCCAGCAAGGCAGCUAUGGAAGCCCAUGCAAACCGCCUCAUGAGAGAGCUGGAUUUCACCGCUUUUGCAGAAGAAAGGUUGGAUGGCAUCAACCCACUGUCUCAGGGGGGUGUCAUGAGGCAGUACUGGAGCAGCAGUUUCCUGGUGGAUCUGCUGGCUGUGGCUGCUCCUGUGGUGCCUACCGUCAUGUGGGCAUUCAGUACUCAGAGGGGUGGAAUAGAUCCCGUCUACAACUUCGGAGCCUUGCUCCGGGGUUGCUGCGUAGUGGCCCUGCAUUCGCUCCGCCGCACCACCUUCCACAGCAAAACCUAAAAGUUGUUACUCUGCCAGUGUGUUCUGUGUGACGUUGUGCCCGGUAGAGAAACACGAAGUCGAUCUGUGGCAGUCUCUAUUCCGUCGUGUUGCUCCUCGGUAUUUGAUUUGCACUAUAGUUAGUUGAAGCCUGUGUCACUGUUUAAAACCGGAGGUAUCUUCCAAGACAUGGAGACCUCAUUCCAGUAAAUGUCCCACCAGUAUGGUAUAGAAAGCAUGCUAAUGACCCUGCCCUGUCGUCCGAGGUCCCCCGAGGUCCCCCGAUCUUAAUCUAGUGGUUCAGGAAGAGAGAAAUGCAGAUUUUGCACUUUCAAGACAGCUUCUCCAAGGCUGGCAUGUUAUCUCCUUGCUUUGCUUUGUGCCGUUUAAAAAAUGUGUAACUGUUCCAGAAUUCCCAAUGGUCUUGUGCAUAGCAGGGGACUGUAACCAAAAAUAAAAAUGUAUUUGCAUAACUGGUUUGAAGAAGUCUUGAAUAGCUCUUUAGUGUCUUACUUGGGGUUGAUAAAGUUGAAGUGUUGGCAAUUUUUGUAAAACUAAGUGUAGCUGCAAAGUCUUAAAUGGCUUAAGUCUGUCCUUAAAUCUGUUGAUUGAUGAAGUUGUAUGUAAAUUUACAAUGUACUAACUUAUUUUUUGCUUAUUAUAUUAUAUAUAGUGUUUUAUUGGAAAUUGUUUGUAACCACACACAUCUGCAUGAUGAAAGUAAAGA